GCUACUGAACUUGAACUGAGAGGAGGAAGAGGAGGAGGAGGAGGAGGAGUCACUCCUCUAUGAUCAUCCUGGAUGUUGAUGUGAAACUGACCGAACAAACACUAGAACUCAACUUUCCCCUCACACUGAAACAAGCACACCAUCACUUCUGUCACUGAAGCUGUGCUUCUUAACAUGCGUCAUCCGUGAGAAUCUCAGUGAGGGACCGAAGAAGUGAAAGUUUACUCGUCGAUUAGAUUUCUGUCGCUUUCAAUCAGACGCGCGCGAUGUUCGGUCAGACUCUGCGACCCAGACUGUGUGUCCUGGAAAAGGGAGAGAACGGCUACGGAUUCCACCUGCACGGGGAAAAGGGCAAAGUCGGCCAGUUUAUCCGUCUGGUCGAGCCCGAUUCCCCCUCCGAGCUGUCCGGUCUGCGCGCGGGCGACAGGCUCGUGUUCGUCAACGGAGAGCGCGUGGAGACCGACAACCACCAGCAGGUCGUGGCACGAAUACGCGCGACCGCCGGUAACCUGGAGCUCAUAGUGGUGGAUAUGGACACGGAUCAGCUGCUGAAUAAAUACGGCUUGAAGUGUGUGAAGGAGUUUGUCACGGAAGGUGUUCCGGUGCCUGAGUAUGAUGAGCCCGAGAUUGACGAGGAGAUGAUGGGAAACGGCGAACCGAGAGACUCUCCGACACCCCCGCCGAUACCCGAGAGGAACGUGGAGAUCAUUCCCGUCCACAACAUCCCUGCAGAGGUGAAACUCAGAUCAUCCGUGAGCUCGGAAACGGACUUGAAGCUUCAGCUCAGGCCGCGGCUCUGUGUCAUUUGGAAAGGCCCAAAUGGCUUCGGCUUCAACCUGCACAGUGAAAAAUCCAGACCCGGCCAGUACAUCAGAGCUAUAGAUGACGACUCGCCGGCAGAGAAGUCCGGUCUGAAGGCCAAGGACAGAAUAAUACAGGUGAACGGGGUUCCUGUACAGGACACACAGCAUUCGCAGGUGGUGGCUAUCAUCAGAUCCGGUGGAGAUGAAACAUCUCUGGUGGUCGUAGAUCCAGACACAGAUGCUUACUUUAAGAAGUGUGGAGUGACUCCCACCGCUGAACACAUCACAGGAGCAUUACCUGAACCUCUGCUCAACGGCAACAUGGAUGAUAAGAUUAAUGGGAACGUGGCCAAACACGUGGAGCUGAAGGACUCGAAGUCAUCUGUCAGUCCGUCCCCAUCAAACGCAUCCUCCAACGCCUCCCUGACGACUCCACCCACUGAGACUCCGCCCCCUGAGACCGUGGAGGGGUCUAUGGUAGCUGCCAUUCCAGAGCUGAAUCUGUCCUUACAGCAGGUGAAGGAACGCGCUCGUCAGAAGCGCUCCAGCAAGAGAGCGCCACCUAUGGACUGGAGCAAGAAAAAUGAACUCUUCAGUAACUUAUAAACCUCCAACAGCUCCUGACAUCCACUUCUGUUUUUUAACUUCUGAAAGAGAUGUUAUGAGGUUCAGGUCAGUCGACUGGUUGUAUGUACAGUGUGAACAUAGCCUACACACAGAUUUAUAUUGUAUCCAGAAUGAUAUAUGUCACUUACUAACACUUUUAGUAAACUAGAAAUGGGACAUCUGUGAUGUUUUACAAUCAAUGGUUGUGAUGGGAAUGAAGUACUAAUCCCCUGCUCACUAAAUACUGCGCAGUAUACAAUGUAUACUGUCUGAUGUUGUUGUUUUUAUUAACUGUAAAUGAAAUUGAAUCAUAGAGGGGAGUGCUGUUAAAAAUCAUGCUCGAUGUACACUGGAAGUGAAAGGUCAAGGCGAGCACAUUGCAUUAUGGGAUAUAAUAUUCCAUGCAGUGUGAUUGUCAUAUAGUAGAUAUUUUCAGGUAUACCUUAUAGUUGACAUACUGUUAGCACAUUAGAGAACAAUAUGUGAGAGUGUUAGUAUGCCAUUCUAUUUCUAAUCCACUUUGUAUGUAAUAUUCUGUGAGUGUGUGUACAGGGUUUGAUGCAUGAGGCCCUGCUGAGGUGCAAAUGACUUAUAACCCAACAAUGCUGUUCAAUAGGAGUUUGACUAGAAGUUCUGUUAAACAUUUAGCUUUUAUUUAAUGAAGGACCAAAUUUACAGUGUCCAUAGAAAUGCAUCUUAAACUCAACUUUCACUGUCAACCGUUGAUUGCAUGAACAAUAUGAAUGACAGAUCAUUACAGGAUAAGCAUCUUCACACGGCCUCCGUUCCAGGCACUGAGGUAUUUUCAGACGCCUGCCAUUCAAUUGUAUUUUAUAUCUGUAGUACAUGCUAUUGCGUAAUACUGCACUUUUGUAUCACCGGUGUAUUAAUUUUGUAUGUGUGCACAUGUAAAUGUAAUUUCUUUGUAACAAUAAAUGUAUAGCUCACACAAACCUGGCACCCAA